CCCCCCAAAUCCACAAAUCCACACCCAAUCUCCUCUCAAUUUCCCAAACCCACAAAAACCCUAGAUUCCUCAGAUAUCAGAAAUGGCCCGUACCAAGCAGACUGCCCGGAAGUCCACCGGAGGAAAGGCCCCGCGCAAGCAGCUGGCGACCAAGGCUGCCCGGAAGUCGGCUCCGGCGACCGGAGGAGUGAAGAAGCCCCAUCGCUUCAGGCCGGGAACUGUGGCGCUGAGGGAGAUCAGGAAGUACCAGAAGAGCACGGAGCUUCUGAUCCGCAAGCUUCCCUUCCAGAGGCUGGUGAGGGAGAUUGCUCAGGAUUUCAAGACUGAUCUUCGCUUCCAGAGCAGCGCUGUGGCGGCGCUUCAGGAGGCGGCGGAGGCUUACUUGGUGGGUUUGUUUGAGGAUACUAAUCUGUGUGCGAUUCAUGCCAAGAGGGUUACCAUUAUGCCCAAGGAUAUUCAGCUUGCGAGGAGGAUUAGGGGUGAGAGAGCUUAGAGUUGACCCCAGAUCUUAUGCUUUGGUAAUAGGAUUAGGCAGUAGAUUUAUGCUUUUGGAAUUGGUAAUGUAAUUGGAAAUCUUGAAUUGAGUCUAUGAGGAAAUCUGGAAUUUUAUGUGGUUAA